CAGGGCGUGUCAGAGCACGGCACGUGUUCUCUUCCGCUUAGUCUUAGUAGCAGAGCGUAGUUUCCAGCGCUCGGAUGGCGAAGAUGGCCGCAGUAAGUUUGAUUCUCCUGCUGUCGGCGUUUGUCUGGCAUUCCCAAGCCGUCUUCAACCGACCGAACGAGAUCAAACUUGAGAACAACGAGUAUACAGACGUGCUGGUGGCCAUUCACAAGGACGUACCUGAGGACCAGCGGAUCGUGGACAGACUGAAGGAAAUCUUCACCGAGGCGUCACGAGACCUGUAUGUCGCCACCAACAACCGCGCGUUCUUCAAGCAGGUCAAGAUCCUCAUCCCGAACACCUGGUCCAAGAAACCCGAGUACCUCCCGGCCGGAACCGAGACCUUCGAACGGGCUAACGUCAGAGUGGACGUGCCGAACCCUCUGUACGGGGACAAUCCGUAUGUGCAGCAGAAGGGAGGAUGUGGGGAGGGGGGCGACUACAUGCACCUCACCCCUCAAUACGUGGUGGACAAACCAUACGGAGAAAUGUACUGGGGUCCCAAUGGCAAAACGUUCGUUCACGAGUGGGGCCAUCUUCGCUGGGGUCUGUUCGACGAGUACGGCUUCGACGGUGCCACGGGGGAGUCGUACCCGCACUUCUACCGCGCUUCGGUAGGGGGCGUCGAGCCCACCCGAUGUUCUGCCAAAGUUGCUGGGAACAGCCAACACAUGGUGACCGGAGCGCCCUGCCAACUCAUCCCCGCCACCGGAGUCUACGAGCCGGAGUGCCGUUUCUAUCCGGACUUCUCUGGAAACCGUGCGACUGCGUCUUACAUGUUCAUGCAUUUCCUUAGCGAAGUGACUGGUUUCUGCCACAGUGACCCGGAAGGAGACCCACUGUCCUACCACAACCGGGAGGCGCCCAACAAACACAACUCUGUUUGCGGAGGUCAGAGCGCCUGGGACGUCAUGAACAAACACCAGGACUUCGCCGGCGGUGCUAACCGCCCUCGAGCAGUCGAAACUACGGACCCCGAUUUCGUCCUGCUGCAGCAGAGCGAUUUCUUCAGGAUAGUCCUGGUGUUGGACGUGUCGGGAAGCAUGCAGGGAGAACCGAUCCGCAGGCUGAAUCAGGUGGCGAGAAGGUUCAUCUGCAGUACGGUGUUCUUCGGUACCUCGGUGGGGGUGGUCACCUUUUCCGAAGAUGCUUCGAUAGAUCAUCCGGUAGUGAGUGUCAACUCUCCGGCUGUCCGCAAUGAUUUGAUUGCCGCGGUUCCUACUAGCACAGGUGGUGCCACGUGCAUCGGGUGUGGUCUUCUCAAAGGCAUUGAGGCACUGGAGGAUGUAGGGCCGCCACAAGGAGGCGUCCUUCUCCUGGUCACGGAUGGGGAGGAAAACCGAGACCCACGGAUCAGUGACGUCAUACCAGAGCUCAUCACGAAGAGAGUCAUCGUCGCUACGAUCGCCUUCAGCAGAGGUGCCGACCCCUUGCUGCAGAGCCUGGCGCUGCGGACAGGGGGCCUGUCGUUCUUCUCAGGGAUUCACGACUCCACAGCCCUGGACAACGCUUUCAGCGCCACGUUCGAAGCCACGGCUGGAGGCAAGGGAGUCAAGCUCUUGAGUGAAGACAAGAUCAUCACUGGCCGGCAGACCUACGCCAACCACGUGUACGUGGACAACACUGUAGGAGAAAACACCACAUUUUCCAUCUCCUGGCUCGACGGACGCCGUCCCACGGUCACAGUAGAGACGCCGCUUGGUCUUGUCAUCACCGAAGGAAACCCAAUAUAUGACGUUACAUCGGACACGAUAACCAUUGAGAUACCGGGCACAGCAAUGCCAGGAAAGUGGGCCUACAACAUCACCAACAAUGGCCCUGAUGAACAGAACAUCACCGUCAUCGUCACCUCUAAUCCUCUCAACAACAACGAACCCAUCACGGUCACCGCACAGGUCAGUACUGUGUCCCUGGACUACUCCUCUUCUCGGCCCACGGCGCUGAAGAUCUACGCUUCGGUACGAAGGGGUUAUCUGCCUGUCAUUGGAGCUGUCGUGAAGGUCCUCAUCGAGAAACCACCUCAUGAUCAGGUAGAGGAGAUCACUCUCCUGGACAACGGUGCAGGUGCUGACGGAGCGAGGAAUGACGGCAUAUACUCCCGCUACUUCUUCGGCUUCACCGCCAACGGUCGCUAUGGAGUGUCCGUUAAGGUUGACAACACCCAGGGGGAUGCCGGGUACAUCGUCAUCAACCGUGCACGAAGCUCUGGUGCUCCACCAUUGAACCCAGACACUGGGUACACCAGCGGGGGUAACGUUCAGCAAGAACCACUGGAGCAGUUCCAACGGAUGACAACAGGUGGCGUUUUUGAAGUAGAUGGGGUCCCCAGUGGCGGUGUGUCUACACGGGACAUGCUGCCGCCGUCCCGGGUGGAUGACCUCGCGGUAGUGGAAGUCUCCUACGCUGACGCAACAGUGACACUGAGGUGGACAGCGCUGGGUGAUGACUUUGAUCAGGGAGGACCAGCCCACUACGUUGAGAUCCGUUACGGCCAUCAUUUUGACCAACUCGCAGACGACUUUCACGGCUCAGCUUCAGUCAACCAUUCGCAAGUGCUGCAGGGAAGCCUGACGUCACCACCGGAACCCGGCUCCGCGCAGACCAUCGUCAUCCUCGUGCCAGACCGAGGUGACAACGUCACAUUCGUCUUCGCUGUGCGCAUGUGCGACGAAGCGGACAACUGCGGAGACCCCUCCAACAUCGUAUCGGCAAAUCUCGAGUUCAUCCCUGAACCCGUCUAUGUCAACGAUACGGUCGCCUGGGCCAUUGUUGGCUGUGCGCUUGGUGUGGCCGUUUUGGCCACCAUCUUGGCUUUGUUCUAUUGCAAAGUCUGGAAGCCAAGAAGCAUUAAGCCCGCAAAAUCUGCCCAGCUAGCUUCGGCAAACGACAAUCCUGCAUUUGUUCCCACUGUGUAGCGCAGUUUUUAUUUCGUGUGUGCUUUGACUUUGUACCUUACACAAUAAGUUUUUUUAGAAAUAAAAUUCUUACGCUAACAUGACCUUAACCUUGCUGUUUAUCGUAGGAUAACAUACGCUUGUGUGGAAGUUUCAGGACACAUUUGUUGUUCAAUGAGGCCACUGCCACUGUCAGAAAAUGACAACCCUUUAAGUGCCAGUUGCGGAGGACAAAGCUGCCUUGUGUUCAACCAGAACAGUUACAGACAUUUCACUAAAAUAGAAAUAUGUUAGCCUUAAUAAGAUUGAAAGCCAUUGUUAGGAAAGAUAGACUGAGAUGUGGAUAUUGUCACAAUAUUGUCAAAUAUCAAGUUUGUCAUGGAUCAAAUUAGAUGGAAGUUAAUCGCUCUUUUCCCCUGCAUUUACUUAUACCCUCAAUAUCCGUAGUCACAAUUUUGGUUAGGCAAAAGCCUGACAUAUUGCCAAGGCAUCAAGUAUAUAUCUGAUUGUUUUCAUGAAAUACAUGUACCUAGAGGCAUUUGUUCAUUACUCUUUCAAUGAUUGAUAUGCUGUUGUUCUACAUGUGUGCUACGCUGUUAGGAAGUAAUAUAGACAAAUAAAGUGACUUGUGGCAGCUAA